AAUAAUCACACUCCAAAAUUUUAAUCAAUUAUUCAAAUAACAAUUUAUUUUUCAAAGUAGUCAAAUUAAGAAUCUGAAGGGAACAUUGAUAACCGCCACAACUCAACUUGUUGGGGAUUGGAUUUUUGCAAUUCCCAUAGGUUCGGUGUUCCCAACAAUGAGUUUGAGUAUGAGCUUGUGCGGUAGGUAUAGUCUUCGGCUUCCAUAUUGCAGAAUUGCAACUUCCAAUCUUAACCGUGAUACCCCUCCUGGCAGGCAUAUUGUUCACAUUAAUGGGCACAUAAACACUUCGGAGUCUGAAAAUUGUCUUCAGUCGAAAUGGAAGAUUAAUGGCAAUAAAAUUGGGACAUUCUUUGGCGCUAUGACAGUGGCACACUUGGUUGCUCCAGUCACUGCAAAAGCUGAAGUGGCUGCAUCUAUUUAUGCUUUGGCUGAUGGAAGCCUCAGCGACUGGUUUGGAGGCUUUCUAUAUUCAGCAGGACAACAGGCCAAUGAAGCUGUUCAGGGCCAACUAUCCUCUCUGAGUUUCACUAGUUUGGCUGUAAUUUAUGGGGCUGGGCUUGUGACCAGCCUUUCUCCCUGUACACUUAGUGUGUUGCCCCUGACCCUAGGUUACAUUGGGGCAUUUGGCUCUGGCAAAAGCAGAGCAGAGGUUAUUGGAGACUCCAUUGCAUUUUCCUUAGGUCUUGCAACCACAUUAGCACUAUUGGGUGUAGCAGCGUCAUUUGCAGGAAAGGCUUAUGGACAGAUUGGCCAAGGAUUACCUUUGGCUGCUUCUGGUGUGGCUAUAAUUAUGGGUCUAAACCUUCUUGAGAUCAUUGAAUUACGUCUUCCCUCAUUCUUUGAUAGUUUCGACCCACGUUCAGCAGCUGCCAAUUUCCCAUCAAGUGUGCAAGCAUACCUGGCUGGGCUUACAUUUGCAUUAGCUGCCUCACCUUGUAGUACCCCUGUUCUGGCCACCAUUCUGGGAUAUGUUGCUGCAUCCAAGGAUCCAGUGAUUGGAGGCAGCUUACUUUUGACAUACACAACUGGCUAUGUUUCUCCCUUACUCUUGGCUGCUUCUUUCGCUGGAGCAUUACAGAGCUUGCUUUCAUUUCGAAAGUUCUCAGCAUGGAUCAAUCCUAUAAGUGGAGCAAUGCUGUUAGGAGGUGGUGUAUAUACUUUCUUAGAUAGGCUAUUCCCGGCCACAAUGGUGAUGUAAAAAAUCUCUUAACUUACCACACGUAGAACUUGAACAGUUGCUUGUAUAUAUUUCAUAGAAGUACUCAAUUCAAAUAGAAUUCAACUAUGAGAUCUAUUGCAUACCACAGCCCAAUUCUUCCUCCAAAUUCAUAUAUAU